AUGACUAUCACAGCAUCAGCAUGGCUGAUGCAGGGCAUCAUCCGGCAAAAUCCUAGACUACGCCUCACCUCCCGCCUCUUUGGUCGAGGCUUCUCUUGCUCAUUGGUUUCGAGGCAGGUCCAUAUACCUGCUACUCAGAUUUCGCCGGGAUCUCAUGUGAAGGAUAUCCGGAACAUUGGCAUCAUCGCCCAUGUAGAUGCUGGCAAGACGACAACUACGGAGAGAAUGCUAUACUGUAGUGGCUUCUCCGCUCGCCAAGGAAGAGUUGACGAGGGAAGUACCGUCACAGACUUCCUCGAACUUGAACGAGAGAAGGGAAUCACCAUCCAAUCCGCAGCCGUCACCUUCCAUUGGCCUCCGGCAGCCGAUUGCCCGCCGGGGAUUCAUCCCAGAAUCAUCAAUCUCAUCGAUACCCCAGGCCAUCAAGAUUUCAGGUUUGAAGUCGACCGUUGUCUCCCAGUGCUCGACGGCGCCGUGUGCAUCAUAGACGGCGUCGAAGGUGUCGAGGCUCAUACUGAGCGAGUCUGGUCGUCGGCACAGGAGCAUAGCAUUCCCCGCAUCGUCUUCGUGAACAAGCUCGAUCGCGAUGGCGCAUCGUUCAGAAGAUCAGUCGUGGACAUCGGCACUCGGUUAAAUUGUAUGCCGAUCGUCUGUCAGAUCCCUUGGUAUAACAAGGAGGAGGACUUCACCGGCGUAGUUGAUGUUCUCAGCCGUACAGUUUUCCAAUGGGCCGACAGGAAACUGACGGUAUCGCCUUUUACUCCCGAGAUGGAUCCAAACCUUGCAAAGGAGCUUGACUUGGCGAGGGAGAACCUCAUCGCGGUGCUCGCAGACCACGACGAGGUUAUUAUGGAUUUGUUCCUCGAAGCGCCUGAAACUAUCACGAAUCAACACAUCAAGGACGCCAUCCGGAGAGUGGUAAGCACCGGUGACGGCGCCGUCGUUCCGGUCUUUGCCGGUGCCUCGUUACGGAGCAUUGGUGUCGAGCCCCUGUUGGACGCCGUAGUGGACUACUUACCAAGCCCCGACGAGCGACCAGAGGUGGUCGUUCGCAGCGGGACCAAGAAUCUCCCUCUCUCCGAGGUGCUGAAAAAGACGGUUGACCGCGGCGGGCACCAGCGCCUGGCGGCCGUCGCUUCCGUCUUCAAGGUAUUCAACCAUCCCAAGGAGGGUCUUUUGAGCUUUGUCCGCAUCUACGCCGGUCACCUCCCCAAGAACGCGGCGCCCUGGAAUACCCACAUGCUCCAGGUAGAGAGACCUAUGGGUCUCGUACAAAUUGAUGCUGCCAAAACUCACAAUAUUGAUCAGCUUGGUACGGGCCAGAUCGGUGCGCUACGAGGGCUCAAAUUCGCGCGGACCGGAGAUACGCUGAUCACGACGGUUGGCCACAAGGCUGUGCCUGAUGAAGCCAAGCAUAUCCAAAUUCGGCCACCCGAGAUCCCACCUCCGGUCGCUUUCUUGGCUAUCGACCCAUUCGGCCUCGUCGCGGCAAACGAGCUACAGACUGCGCUACAGAACACGUCGAGAGAAGACCCUAGCCUGAGGUGGAGCCGAGACGAAAAGACGGAUCAAUUCAUCAUCCAAGGCAUGGGCAAGCUCCACCUGGACGUCAUUGUUCACGGACUCAAGCAAAAGUACAAGAUCGAUGCCGCCUUUGGCGAUAUCGAAGUCGAUUACAAGGAAUACCUCUCCUCUCCCACAAGAUCCCACGAGGCGGUGUUCGACAGGGUCCUCGCGAACAAGGCAGGCACCGUUGUCUGCUCCGCAGUGCUCGAACCAAUCGAGGAGCACCACCGCGGGUCUCUUCUCGAGUCUACCGUCGAGAGAGAAGGCAACAUCUUCCACAUCCAGAUCCCGCUCCCUGAAAGUGGAGAUCUGCCUUUCAACCCAGAAGAGUCGCGUCAGCAGAUGCUUAACGGUGCCAUCGCGGCCCUCGCCAGGGGCCCGAGGCGAGGAUCUCCCGUCCACGGAUGCCACAUCACCCUAACCCUUGACAUAGAAGCGACCAAGACGCCGUCUGGCGGCCACUUCAGCGGUGCCGCACGCCGUGCUGUUCAAGACGCGCUCAAAGACGCCUACACCAAGGGCCAAAUCGGCAUCCUCGAGCCCAUCAUGAAAGUCAUCAUCACGUGCCCCGAGUCCGCCGCGGGCGUAGUCCAGCACGAUAUCAGCGCCGCCGCGGGCGGCCACGUCCUGGAGGUGAAGGAUCUUUCGGGCGAAAUCGUUACGGAAGGGUCGGUGGAUGUUUCGAGUAUAUACGCGCCGCCGGACCCUUACGAUGCCAUCACGUCGUUGAAGAAGAAGUCGACCAUGAGGAGGGUGCAGAUCACGGCUAAGGUGCCGUUCAAGGAGAUGAUUGACUACGAUAGCCAUUUGAGGAGUAAGACGGGGGGUAGGCAUAGCAUGACGAUGUCUUUUGACUCGUUGGCCAAGGUGACGGGCUACCGAGACAAGAACGUGUAA